UCAUCCCUGUGUCUCCCCGAGUCUGUCUCUCUGUCUCUCCAAUCCCCCCCACCUCCCAUCACCACGGUCGCCACUCUCCUCUCUACAGGGUCAAAUAGGUGUCUGCGCUGUGUGCACCUGUGUGUGUGCACCUGUGUGUGUGUGUGCACGCCCAUGUGUAUGAGUCUCCACUAACGGUCACACAGUUGUGUGUGUGCACGCGUACCUGUGCGAGUCAGAGAGAGAGAGAGAGCGAGUUAACGAGACGAACCUUUGUACACAGACACACAAACAGACAAUAACACGCACACAUACACAUACACUCACCUGUGUUCACUCAUACACACUCACCCAUAAAGUCAUCAUACGUACUCACAUACGUACAUUCAAAAACACCGACAUAAACUCACACACACACCUCGUGUGCCGUGCCGGCCUUCACAGGUGCUCGCUAACAGCACUUGCCCCAACAGUCUGUUUAGGCUACACGGUGGUGUGGGGGGGGCAACCUUUGUCUGUGUCUACACACACACACGUGUUACCCAUGAUGCACCGCGCCGCGCACGUGCGUCCUCGCCUUGCGCUCAUCGCGCCGCUGCUCUUCGCGCUCCUCGCCUCGCGGUGGGGGGCCGCGGGGGCCACGGGGGGGCCCGGGGCUGGGGGGGGCCCCGCCGCUCUGCUCAUGGGGGCGGCCCCCGCCGCUUUCGCCGCGGGAGGGGGGUCCGCCCCCCGCGGCGGCGUGAAGCUUUGCGGACGCGAGUUCAUUCGCGCGGUCAUCUUCGCCUGCGGGGGGUCUCGGUGGAAGCGAGGCGGUGGUGGGGGGCUCGGAGGUGCCGGGGAGGCGGCGGUAGUCGAUCUGGUCUCUGACCGCGACCCGCUCUUCUCGGAGCCCCACUCUUGGCUGGGCUCACAGUCGCUGGACCCCUGGGAGGGGGCGGCGGCGGGGGGGGCCGAGUCCCCGGUGGGGUUCCUAGGGGGGCUGCUACGAAGUCUGGAUCUGGCUCAGGGGUCCCCGGGCGCCCUCGGCGGGGUUGGCGGGGGCAGGCGGAAGAGGGACCUGGCGGGUGGCCUCUCCAGCGUCUGCUGCAAGUGGGGGUGCACGCGGGGCGAGAUCAACGCCCUCUGCUGACCCCGUGACCCCACGACCCCGUCAACCCAAUCACCCGGCGACCCGACGACCCGACGAUGCGAAGACGCGGCCACCUCAAGCAACGAGGACCCACAAACCUUCAGGCCCCAGUGACCUGACGACCUUUUGACCCGAUGACACGAGAGACUCGGUGACCAAACGACACAAGCCGGGAACACCACGACCCCGACGACGCUGCGAUACGAAGAUGGGAGCCACCUCCAGAUUCAAGGACCCGCAAACCUUUAGGAUGGACGAACCACGAGCUGAUGACACGAGAUCCGGUGACCGAUUGACCCAGAGGCAUCUCGACCCGGCGACCUGGCCACGAAAAGACUUCGGCCACCUCGGCAUUCAAGGACUCUCAACCCUUGACGUGGAAUGACCUGGUGACCUGAUGCCCUGGCAAAUCAUUGACCUCUUGACCUGGAGGCGCCAUGACCUGAUUCGACUAGCUUAAUAUUCGAGCACUCGUUAAUGUUUAAAAUAGGCAUGUAACGAUCCAAUUGAUAUUCAUUGUCCGGUUCGAGAAUAUAUUAUUAUUUGUAUUAUGAUUAUUAUUAUUACUGUUGUACCGUCUUCUUCGUCUCGUAUUGUCUUUUGUUUGUUCUGUAUCGUUUGUACAGUCUUGAUUGCUCCAUUAGCCUAAUUGUAACAUUGGCAUAUAAUUUGUAUAUAUUGUGCAUAGAUGGUAAAUAACCGAUUCUAUUACAUGCAACGUGACACGUGUAUCAUCGUGAGCGUGAUAAUAGCGUGUAAUCAAUGUGUUACAUUCCUAAUUUAAAUAAAUGACCCAGUCACCCAAUAGCUUGAUUACCUAAUAAUCAACCAAGGUAAUAAAGACCUAUUGACCGAAUUACCUGGUGACUCCCUCGUAACCCAAUGACGUAGAUACGUGAAGACUCUCAUGACGGAGAGAUUCAAGAACGAGACUUGACUCGCAAUGAUCUGGUGACAUGAUGACCCGUGACUUAAAAAUUUGUGUCAACCGCAGUUGGAGAGAGAUAAAGUGUCGCCGUGUCUCCGUGUUCCUGUGUCCCGAUGUCCCAGUGUCUGCGCGUCUACGUUUAUUUAAGAAAAAGACUUCGAUUGAAACCCGUGUCGUGUGUUUUUUUUUGGUUAGAUAAACCACAACCUUGGCAACCACCAC